GUCAAGCCCGACGGCAAGCUGCAGACGACCCGCGAGACAAGAGACUUCUUCCUCGAGCACAACCUCGAGCCGGACAAUGGCGCGGCGCGCAGACUCACCACCGGCCCGGGCCUGCAGAACGUCUCCAAGGCAUAUCAUGCCACCAUCGCUUUCAGCCCGCGGCACAUUAUCCAUCCGCACGAUCUGCGCUUCUUUGAUCCUAGAGGCCACCCGCUGGCCGCUGCGAGGCGCGCAAAGUAUAUCCGGAAAUCUCAGCAGGAGCCCCUCUGGAUCAUGAUCACGGGUGCGGGAGCUUCCUCGGUGGUGCGCACGUUGACGCAGAGACGCUUGAAGAGCGCAAUUUACCGGAGUCUGGAGGACCUCGGCUUCCAGAACGGCGUGGGGGACCAGAAGGAGAUCCGGGGAACUCUCUGGAUCACGAUUCACGACCCGGUCGCGGCGUCGAAGCUGGCCCCUGAGCCGUUUGGCGAGGCGGUUGCUAAGGCCCUUAGGAGUAGAUGCAGUCAGCCUUUGAGA